AUGAUCUGUUGCAGCGAGGAUGCGAUUGACAUCACUCGGAAGGAUGGCAUUGUUGACAAGUACGAAGACUGGAUCCAACUUGUCGGCGCUGAUGCAAGUGGCUUCAACAUCGCGAAUGCCUGGAAGUCUAAGGUAGGCGUCACCUUGGAGAAAGCAAAGCAGUGGGCAGAGGAGACAUUGGACGAAGCUGAAGAAAGCGAGGAGGACGACAGCGACAGCGAGGCAGAAUCUGAAGAAGAGGACGACCUGACUCCAGAGAACAAGGUCGAGAAGGAUGGCGCCAUUCUCGUCUUCAUCGCUGACGGUGGCAAGAAGAAAGGAAAAGGCUCGGCGUACAUCUUCCUGCGUGGCACGGAACGACAUCCUCGCUACGCCCUUCCGCCGAGCUGCGUGGCCUUCGAAUGGGGCGACCUGGACGAGGAGGCGCGCCACUUCUGCCGUCGCCGGAAAGAUGGUCAGGACAUGCCCGUGGAUGAGCUGGACGCCCUCCUCGCAAGGCGCAAGGCACAGCGGCGAGCGGAAGGCUUGGAGAUCUUCGACGAUUGGCUGGUUCGGCACAUCGAGUCGUGCGACAUUCCGAUCGAAGUGGUCCUGGAAGCACCGAUCCCAGCUGAUGAGGUGGAGCUCCACGUCGAGGAAGGGGUGCCAUCUGCUCCGUUGGCACACCAGAGCCUUCGGCGCCUGGAGUUGGAUUCAGACUCAGACAGCGAGGACGAGAACGACGGAGGGAGCGAUGCCUACAUCGACUACCUUCGCCGACGUCUGCAGAGCAUCCUUCCUCGAGAACGACUGCACUGCAUGGAUCCGCGUGAGCUCGGCGAGGGCAGCGAAGACCUUGACCUCCGGGAGUCCUUCCGGAGGCUGCGCAUUGAUCCUCUGACGAAAGAUGCAGAGGAGGUGGAGCUCAGCAAGGCCGCACCGAAGGCAAAGCGAGACGAAGACGAGACGAGAUCUCCGGCUUUGCCGUCCUUCGAGUCCUUCUUCGGCGCUGCCGCCGACCUGCUCUACUACCAUCCGGAGGUGAAGGCCGACUAUGCGCCCUUCCUUGUGAGGUGUGUGAAAUCCCCGGAGAAGCUGCGGAGCUUCUUCGAUCGGCUCUUCUUCGGCACGGUACAGGAAGCCUGCGAAGAGCUCCAGCUGGACGAGCAGACCCGGCCCCUGGCGCGCAUUCGAUCCCUGGCCUAUGAGGAGUCUCCGGGCACGACUUUGCAGCGUCGGCCACGUGAGAGACCAGCGAUUGCCGUGAAGGCCUUGCCGGUCGACUGCUACUUGAAAGCUUGCGGGUCCAGCCCGGCACGCACCUGGGUCUCCGGGCUGGCCGAGCGAGUCUCUCGAGCAGGUGGGGAGGCCUUUGCGUCGGCAGCUCAAGCUGCUUACGGCAUGCAGGUAGAGCAGCUGCUGGCCGACCCGAAGAACGCUGACGAAGACGGUGACUACUUCGAGGCUUGGCUCCGAGAAGUGUUCCCGGACAUCUAUGCUGAUGUGGAUACCAGUGACCCUGCCGAGUUGCGCAAGCUGGACUUUGCCCCGAGCGAGAAGAGGCCAAACAGCAAGAAGCACCGGCACAAGCUGAAGGACAUCACGAUCCCGAACUUUGCAGACGCCUUCGCGGAGUUAAAGAGGUUUGAUCCAGACCAACGAAUAUCUACUCGUCGGGAGCGGGUGCUUGCAAAGAUCCUGAUCGACGCCUUCCUCUUGUGCAUAGUGGAUGUGGCGGCUGUCCUCAGGACAGCUGAGGCCAUCCUCAGGGCGCCAGAGGAGUCCCAGCUCAUCCUGGUGCUCUAUGCGGGAGGAACCCACAUCCAGCACCAGGUGAAGUUCUGGCAAGCUCAAGGCUUCAGCAGCAAAGCUCUGCCGAACAAAGGGGUACUUGGCCAGGACGACUACGAGGAGUUCGAGCCAAGGGGAUUGGAUGUGCCGGCGUGCCUGAGAGAUUUAUCACAGCUGUUUCCCGUGCAGUGA